CAGCAACGCAGAGCAGCCAGCAGAGAUAAGAGUCUGCAAGGCUAUAUUCAACAGCCUUUCCACUGCAGCUGAAUGUGUAGAGACUGUCAGAAUGCCUUUCUGAUAAUAGCUUGAACAAGUUCAUUUUAAUUUCUUUGUCAUCAAAUAAUAAUUUCCACGAUGCCUUGGGCAAUGUCUCUAUGGUUUUAUUUGAUCUGAGGGGGAAAAAAAAUGUGAGAGGUUGGUACUAAGAAGUGCCUUUCCUGACGUCUCUGCUGCUUGGAACCGCUUCUAGAGCAGUCACUGCUUUUGCCUUGCUUGCUGCCAGCUAGACUGCGACGACAGCACAUCUACUCUUCAGCUCUAGUCCAGCCACCCCCACCUGUACCUCAAAUUGAGCAAACACGUCCUCAGUAUCCAGGCAUUGCCAUUUCACUGCUGCUUUACUGUACAAACAAAACUUUUUUUUUUUCUGCUCUGAAAGAAAACAGAGGUUUUACCGCCAUUAAAUUGACAAGAAGGUCAGGUUUCGAUUGUUGCUGUACACUGCUGAACUCUAUAUACUAAUCCGAUGAAUAACGAUUGCACCGUAUAUCCCAGUUGCCAACUCUACAGGAAACAGUUUGAAAAGUCUGCCACAUUUUCAUGCUUAUUUUGGGCUCCAAGUUGGGCUCAAAUAUAGUCCAGGCCAGAGUGUUUGAUAUACAUUUAUUCACUGCUGAUAUUACUGCUUUAAAAUUAUUUUUUGUCAAGUAAUUCGUUUUUAGGCUUCACAGAGGGAACACUGUAAGUUUUCUGAAGUGCACCUCCGAAACAAAGAAAUAAUAUAAAAGCAAAAUACAAUUUAAAAAGUAUUUUUUAGCUAACAUUUAUAUUCAAUAAAACAUACCACAGGUUGCCUAGAGAUUUUUAUUUUAGAUUUUUCAAUUUCAACCACCUAUACAUUUCAAACAUGGCAGUCAAUAUCGCGCAAAUGCGGGACACAAAAUGGCUCACUCUGGAAGUGUGUAGAGAGUUCCAAAGAGGGACUUGCUCGCGGCCAGACACGGAAUGUAAAUUUGCACAUCCUGCAAAAAGCUGUCAAGUUGAAAAUGGAAGAAUUAUCGCCUGCUUUGACUCUUUAAAAGGCCGCUGCUCACGAGAAAACUGCAAAUAUCUGCAUCCUCCUCAACACUUAAAAACACAGUUGGAGAUAAAUGGACGCAAUAACCUAAUUCAGCAGAAAAAUAUGGCUAUGCUAGCCCAGCAGAUGCAGCUUGCCAAUGCCAUGAUGCCUAGUACUCCAUUACAGCCUAUGAUAGACCGUUUUCUUAUUCACCCUGAAUCUUCAUACAAUUCGUCCCCCCGUUUCUUUCAACCAAUGUUCUCUGUCGCCCCAAGCCUAGCCACCAGUGCGGCAGCAGCUUUCAACCCCUACAUGGGGCCAGUGUCUCCAGGCUUGCUCCCAGCUGAAAUGAUGCCUACCGGUCCAAUGCUGGUAACAGGGAACCCUGCUGUCCCUGGUCCUGCUGCUGCAGCUGCUGCUGCUCAGAAACUAAUGAGGACAGAUAGACUGGAGGUUUGCCGGGAGUACCAGCGCGGAAACUGCACAAGAGGUGAAACUGAUUGCCGGUUUGCUCAUCCCUCUGACAGCACAAUGAUUGAUACCAAUGACAACACAGUCACCGUGUGCAUGGAUUACAUAAAAGGGAGAUGCUCCAGGGAAAAGUGUAAAUAUUUCCACCCGCCUGCACACCUACAGGCCAAGAUAAAAGCCGCGCAGCACCAGGUCAAUCAGGCUGCAGCCGCACAGGCAGCAGCCACCGCAAUGACUCAGUCGGCUGUCAAAUCACUGAAGCGACCCCUCGAGGCAACCUUUGACCUGGGAAUCCCUCCAGGUGUACUCCCCCCAUUACCAAAGAGACCUGCACUUGAAAAAACCAAUGGUGCCACCUCAGUGUUUAAUACUGGUGUUUUCCAAUACCAACAGGCGCUUGCCAACAUGCAGUUUCAGCAUCAAGCCUUCAUCCCUUCAGGCUCAAUAUUGUGCAUGACACCGACAUCAAGUGUUGUUCCCAUGAUGCACAGCGCCACGCCCGCCUCUAUGUCUGCAGCAUCAUCGUCUGCCUCAAGUGUGCCCUUCGCUGCAGCAGCCUCAGCCAACCAGAUUCCCCAAGAAUACAUGCAUUUGAUACCCGUAAUGUCUGCAGACCAUCUGACUAGCCACAAGUAUGUGACUCAGAUGUAGGAGCCUCUUCACAGAACAAUCAUACUAAAGAUACAAGUGUGUUGGUGCACAGUCCAGAUGUCAUCGGUCAUGUAAAAAUACAUCAAAGAGACCCCAUCCCCUCAGCAGGAGAAGUUGACAUAAUGCAUGCUAACACCACAGGACAGAGGGCAGAAGACCUGGGCAUACAAAUACUGCACACUGACACGUAUAUAUUCUGUAUCUUUUACUAAUCUUAAAGCUGAGGGGGACUGUGCUACUGUCCACUAUACAUCACUGUCUGCCUUUUCUACUAUCAUUGUAUGCAUACAUUUCAAUGCAUAUGCAUAAGUAAUCCAUUGCCGUACAGGUCUAGUCCUCACCGAAAAAGUAGACUGUGAGUAGUUAUCAUGUCUAACAUUGGGACGUCUGUAGACCAAGAAAUUAUUUUGUUUUUUUAAUUCUGAUGUAUUUCUUUCAUGGUUUACAAACAACAAAGGUGCACCUUGUAUUUUAAAAAAAUGCCAUUAUAGAUGAGAGUCGAUUGUGCAUGCAUAGUGUUCUGUGUGUAAGGGUUAUAUCUUUAACGGAACAGAUUGUAAGAGGAAGUAAAGGAGGUAUCUGACAGAGAUGAAUGUGCUGAGCAAAACCACAACUGUGUAUAUUUUAAAGCACAACAUGGCUUUAAGUACCAUGUUAUAGGAUACACAUUAAGUGCCAUAGACUGUACAUCCAAAGUAGAGUAUUAUUCCUGCAGUGUUAUUGUGUUUAUCUUAUGAACCCCACUUUUUGGUUUUUUUGCUACUGCUAGAGCUAACUAUGUAGAGGGCACCAUUAAGGUUUCAGUGUCACACCUACUUACAGCUGGCAUUACAUGAACAUCCAUACGAUAAUAUGAUGUAGUUUAUUAUACCAUCGUACUUAUAUAUUGCAUAACAUGCAGUGUCAUUUUUUUUUCUGAGUAUUGUAUCAUGCCAUUUCUGAGACAAUGAAACGCAAAAGGGUUUAGCAGGUUUUUUUAAAAAAAAAUUUAGCCUUUGUCAGAAGUCUAGACUGUAAAUGCUUUGCGGUGAAGGGUUUUGCUUUGAGCUGAAUGUUGCAUUACAGUCACAGUCGAUGAAAUGGUGACUCUAAACUAUGAUGAAAGAAGCACUGUCAAAAGAAGCAUGAUAAACCAAAAUCACUGAGUACAUGGAGGUGUUUAAAUAGUUACAGAGUGGGAGAUGUAUUCGGGUGAAUUUUAUAUUUGUUUUUAUUAUUAUUAU